UUGUUAAAAAAAAAUAUAUUAUUUUCUUCAUAAAUAAAAGAGUUCAAAAACUAAAGGAUUUUCACAUGUUAAUUAAUUAUUGCUAGUUAAUGAAAAAUAGAGAUGCUAAAAUGUAACACUGUCUAUCACCAACAAGUAUAUAAAGUUGGUCAGAAGACCCAUGUUUUAAGUCAUGGAGAAGAUGUAAUUUAUGAUUCUGCCCCUAAAGAAAUAAUGAAGAAAAAAUUUGCUGCAAAAUCACGUGAUUUAGAAAGGUCUUUCUCUUAUGAUAUCGUUCAAAGAAAGCCUCAUCCUUUUCGAAGCCCAAUGGUCUAUUUACGUUCUUCAUCUCUUUAUCGCAAACAUUCUGAGGAAUGUCUUUCCAAGCUAAACUCAUUGAAUGUUCAGCCAGGUAGUGGAGGGUGGUCAUUAGACGAUGAGUUGAAUAUUUAUACUUGCUCUACAACAGAGAACACACCUUUUGCAAAUGUUACUGUGAGACCAUACUAUAACCAGACCUCAUUAUUACAACAUAAAAAAUUAUUGGAGAACAAUCCUCCUAUUUUUGAUUGCCAUUAUGGUACAGUUAAACGUUCUCCUAACCUAAGAAAGUUCAGUCAAGAUAAUGGAAGCUUACGUCGUCGAGCAAGCAGCCUUGAUUUUUUACCUGAUUCAAGUAAAACAAGCAAAAGUCUUGUGCAGAAUGGCAACAACUCAAACAAAAAUGUUUUUUUAAGGUCCUCAUCUGUAACACAAAGAACUGGGUUUCGAAGAAAGAUUGGUAUAAAUGAAUCAGACUUAAGCCAAUCAGGUCUUAAAGAAAUUCGUUCAAAAGUAUUAAAGUGUGUGAAAACUGGAAUUGAUGCAUUGUUUGAUGCUAUAGAAAGAAAAGAUAUAGAUGACUUAAAGAAAUGCAUUGAUACCAUUGAUUUUGAUAUUAAUGAGUUGAAUAUUGAUGAGUUUACAGCAUUGGAUGUGACACUAAUGAAAGGAGAAAAAGAAAUGGCUUUGUUAUUACUCCGUCAUGGUGCAAAGGAGAAUCCAACAUAUAGUAGUCCAGAAAAAAGAAUUGAACAUCUUAAUAAAUUAAUAGAAAAGGCAGAAGAAACAGUUAGCAAUUUAGCUUUGAGUGUUGUCAGUGCAGUUGGUGAAAAGGACAAUGAGCGGCAGCUAAGAGAGUGGGAAUGGAGGUUGUACAUGUUAAAAUUAAUGCAAAAUGGUUUUAUUAGUUCAAGCUCACCAUUAGAUCCCCCUUGUUUUACGAUUGCACCAUUAACAAGUAACUCAAUUGUUGUUAUGAUUAGUGCACCUGAUAAACGCAAAGAAAUAGUUACCCGAUACAAAAUUGAGUGGAGCAGGAAAAAUGAUUUCUCCAUAAUCGAUGGAGAAUUUAUAAUGACAGACAUGCUCAAUUUAAACUACACUAUAAACAAGUUGGAAAAGAAUAUUUACUGGUAUGUACGUGUCUCUGCUGGAAAUAUGAAAGGAUAUUCACUUUGGGGUUAUCCAAAUCCAAAUGCUGUUGUUCCAUCUUCGUGGCAUGAUUGUGAUGAUAGACUACCAAGAUAUUUUGGUGCCACUGAUCAACUUUGUAACUUGCUCGAACAGUUAUAUUCCUAUCAUAAGGAAAUAAAAAUUGAAUACACUUCAGAUAACGAAUCAAAAAGCCCUGUCCAUGUUUCAAAUAUUGAGUUAAAACUAUAUAAUCACAGCAAAAAGAAUACGAUGAUCAAAAGUUUGCACAAGUACACAAAUUUCAUUUUUAAUUCAGCUCCUAAAUUGUUAAAAAAAAUUAAAGGUCGUGGGAUUUACUUGGCUUCGCUUUUAUACAGUGAUGAUCUUACUCGUGUUUUGGUCACUAUAGAUGAAAAUUUGCCCAUAGUGGAGUGUGAUGACAGUUAUUCCAAGUCAUUUACUCAUGAAUUUUAUUGGUUUUCUAAGAUAUCUUGCACAUGGGAAGAUCUUCAACAUAUGAUGCUUUUCUCUGAAAAAUCUUGCUCCUCCCACUCAGUAGAAAUACGAAGAAAACUCAUCCAAUCUGCUCUUUCGUUAAUGGAUGCAACAGGGGUAUGCAAUCUUGGUCCUAUACAUUAUAAACCUUUUCGUGACAACCAUGGUAGCAUGCUUCUUUUAUCUGUUAAUUGUGUUGAGAAAAAUCAUUUAAACAAUUAUCGUUCAACAACAAUGAAAUGGAUGCCAAUAAAAAAAUUGAUUAAGAAAAGUAACAAUGAUCACAUGAUAACUGCUGAGAAGUUGAUCCCUUCCAUUCAGGAACAGAUUACGUGCCAUCGUCAUUCUCAAUCUAUUUUGUCCAGAGGCCUAUAUCUUGGUUAUUUAAAGCUGCAAACAACUGUAGAUACGCUUUCAGUUAUUGUUUCUAACAGACGUACAAAUAUGUUACCUCAUGUUAAAAUUCAGGAUGUUCCUAAUGUGACUAAAGAGGAAUGGAAUUGGAUAAAGAAUCGAAAUAGCGAGUUACAUCCUUCUAAUUUAUUCCCCAUAAAGCUCAAUCGGGCUAUAAGAAACCUUUUUUCGCAACUUGGUAUUCCUAAUGAGAAACACUUAGAACAUCGCAUUUACGACCAAGAGGUAAUUGAACUCAAGACGGAUGUAAUGAUGAUUGUAAUAUGCCCUCCUAUGGAAGAGCUUUGUACGCCUCCAAACCAAUGUGACAUAUUUUCUAAAUUAUCAACUUGCUCUUCGAUUCCCGUUCAAUCGUUUGAAAUGUUGAACAUGAUGUCCUAUCAACCGAAACUUAUGUCAGCCUAUUGCAGAUUAUCAAGUAUUCUUGAGCUAGAGAAUUAUUGCAUGCAACAGAAUUUGCGUGAGUGUAUUUGCCAGGAUGAAAUGAAACUGUUAAAAGAAAAACAAACAAAGCUUGCGUAUUUUCAACAAUCUGUUGAUUGCUUGUGGCGAACAAGUAGAUGGGUAGUCGAUACACUCAACGCUUGUCAAGAUAAAAACUUGAAUAUUGGUAUCCCUUUGUCUAGUUUAAUGCCUUCCAUAGAACACUCGAAAUCCAAACUCUCUGUUGUGAACGACUGUGAUGAGUCGGUUGACGAACUUUCUGAUUCGUAUGAGAUGAGCUCAAGUGUUUUGAGUAUCAAUAACAGCGCGAAUGAAAGCGAUAUAUCGCUCGAACAUCGUCCUUAUUUGAAUGUAGAUCAUGCUAUAUUUAAAAACAAUGUAAAUAAAAAAUUUACGACUAACGAAAACGAACUAUAUUAUCUGACUAUAUAUGCAAAUCGUGAAUUAGGCUUUACCGAACUUUUUUCAAUUGAGUUAGAAGUUGAUAAAGGAACUACUUUUUCUGAUGUAAUAGAAAAGUCUGCUGCGCGGUUUACGAGGACUUACCCUGAAUAUUUUUCAGAAAUAUUUUCAGAAACUAAUCGCUUAGGUUUAACAGUUGUAUCAGACUCUUACGAAAAGCUUCUUCCCGAUGACUUGAGUUUAUUAGAACUUUUAGAAAUUUGCGAUAAAGGCAAUUUGCAUCUUCGACAGAAACCUGAUAAUGUGUGUGGUUUUAUUACUUCCGUAUAAAAUAUUUUUCGUAUAGAUAUUUUUCUAAUUAAAUGAAUUUCUUUUUUAUAGAUUGUAUUUUAUAAUUAAUAGAGAAUAAUAUAAAAGUUGCAUUAUAUUUUUAGUUACAUCACUAUUAUAGAUCAUGGGUGAUAUAUUUGUUUUUAACUAUUUAUUCAACCUGAUCAUGGGUCAUUUCUUUGUUUUUUAAUAUUUAUUCAACAUGAUUAUGUACAAUAUCUUUGUUUUAACUAUUUAUUUAACAUGA